AAUUGUGGCCAAUUGUGGCUGUGGCGCUGCGCUCAGCGUGGUGCGCUGACGCCGACGCCAUAGUGUGUGUGCAGAGGCGAGAACAGCCGAAAUGGAGGAGAGUCAAACAUCGGAAAGUGUCGCCGUGCUACCGGACAUGUCCGAACCGUUGACGAGCGAGACCGAGGAGGCGUCUGCCCUAACGACCGAGCACGAGGCGCAUCCCGUCGCCGUGACGGCGAGCGUCACCCCCGUGCAGGGUGUUCCUGGCGUUCCAGGAGUCGGAGUGCCGGUUUCUUUACCCGUUGGUUCUAUCAUCGGUGUAGCGAAUUCAAGCAAUGGCACGACCUUCAACGUCAUCACGUCCGAUCAAUUGCAGUUGCCCGGCUCUGGACAGUUCAAGCAGAUGCUAUGUGUCGACAACGGUUUCAUUUGUGAACCGCGUCACGACAAAGAUUCGGACCCUCUCAGGUGGAAUGGGGAAUUAAAAGCCACGCAUAUCGUGAUUCAAAAUAGCACGGAGGAACCCGAGUCGGAGCAGAUUCACGUCUCUACAGCCGCCGCCACCCAACCGAUAUGCAGUUGGUCGGAAUCCGCCAAUUUAGCAGUAUUACCCGUUAGAUGUAAGAAUACGAAUGCGGAGCUGCAUAAAAGUAGAUUCGGUUCUGGAGGCAGAGGAAGGUGCAUUAAACUAGGACAAGACUGGUACACGCCGAGCGAAUUUGAGGCGAUCUGCGGGCGAGCCUCGAGCAAAGAUUGGAAGCGGAGUAUCCGUUUCGGUGGACGAAGUUUACAAACUUUGAUCGAUGAGCAAAUCUUAAAACCGCACGCUACUUCUUGCACUUGCGCCGCUUGUUGCGACGACGAUAGCGCGACCGGACCUGUAAGAUUAUUCACACCUUACAAACGUAGAAGAAGGGCCAGGGAUACAUCCGACGGAGAGACACCGUCGCGCAAACUUAAAAGUGAUAAUUCACGCGACGGUAGCAAUAACGACGAAAGUGACGGUGAAGUCGUUGUACCUGAUAAAGAAGUAUGGCCUCAGUUCGUUUCCACGGACGGAUUGGUCGUCCAACAGCCACAAGAUCAAGAUGCCACCGUUGUCCAGAAUGUACAUCAAAACGAGACCGGGCAAAGCGUGGACGAGGUGUUUAAAAAGUUGGAUGAAAUGUCCAAUAAAAUGUUGAAACUGGCUUACGAGUUUCGGCGUACUUUAGAGGAAGCUAAGGAAGCGAAUAGGCAACAAAGAAGAGAGCAAGCGUUAGUGGCACAGUUAGGAGGCAGAGGGGACGUGAUCGAUGUUGGACUGCAGCCAGCGUCGGAUACUCAUAACAAAAAGUGUGCCAACUGCAACAGGGAAGCGUUCGCAGAAUGUUCCUUAUGUAGACGAACUCCUUAUUGUUCUACGUUUUGUCAGCGCAAGGAUUGGGCGGGACAUCAAGUGGAAUGUGUAAGAGGUGCUGCGGAAACCGUAAUGCUCAUAGUGGAGAGCAGCAGUGGCGAUACCAGUGCUCUCGCAACGACUGCUGGGGACCAAUAGCUAGUGUUCCUUACACCUAUUCACCAAAGGAGUAUAGAAACUGAACAAAUUAACGUAGAAACUUCUAAAUCCAAGAAGGAGACAAAGACUUGAAGUCACAAUUUUGUUUGUCGGCUAACAGGUCAAAGAGAAACCAUAUAUGUAUAUAGUUAUAUAUAUGUACACGCGAUAGUGACGAGCUGACUAGUACGUAUCUCGUGCGUAUAAAAGGCCGCCUGAAUCUGAAGAGUGUACGAAUGACUUGAAGGAUUCCGCACUGACUUCGCACGCACUUUCUUUCUCUUUCUUUCUUUCUCUCUCUCCCAAUCUCAAAUGCUUUCUAUGCGUCGCUGCUACUUGUAGUAUUGGCUAUGUAUUUUCCAUCUAUGCAUUGGAAGUUAGUCGUUCGGAAUCCCUUCAGCCAAGUAAACCAGUUUAUUACGAGUAAAUUUACAUGAAGACUUUUUAAAAAUCGCUGUUCGAACGGAAACGUUACAAACGAAAAACAUGAUAAACCAAAUAAGUGUGUGUGUGUAAAUAAAACGUUUUAACCGAGUACAUACACGGAUCUGUUAAACGUCAAGUACUCUAUAAAAAUAGAAGUGUGUAAAUGCACGUGGCACGCGCACUUCCAGAUACAUGUGUAACACGUACGUAUAUGUAUUAUUGUACCACGCAUGAUAAUCCUUCCAUAAUUUUUUAUACAACUCUAAGCGGUAACCAAAGGUGGUGACUACGCUUUUACGGAUGUUAUUUAUGUAUUACCGUGUCACUCGUUCUUUAAUCAUUUGUACAAAUCUCAUCUUUUUAGAUCUUUUUUUUAGUACAAACUCUUACGUUUAAAACGUUUCCUACGUACUGUACUACAUACACAGGUAUACUCGUGACUUCGAGGUAGACUGUACAUAUUUUAUGUACAACGAUUUCAUAUAUCUUUUUAUCAGUCUAAACACUAGAAAGAAUACUAAUCUACUUUGUAUACAUGUACACAACUCGUUAAAAUGAUGAUGCAAAAAUUCUGAUCAAUGUAAAUAAGUGAAGAAUGCGAUAUUCAGCGGAAAAUGUAUUAUUAACUAAGUUAGUAUUUUUAAUAAAUGUUUUCUCAAUCAAACUGAUCA